AUGGAAUAUCUUUCUCACUUGUACAAGGAAGAACCUUAUCGGGAUUACAUCGACAAUGAUCCGCCAUUUUCCCUUGCAGUAGUUGGCAAGAAGAAUCUUCCUAUUGCUGAAAGUUUAUCACGUUUUUCAGAGUCCGGUACACGUUUUCGAGUUAAUUACUUUACUGAUAUAAAAACACUUUUCCCUCAAAAAGUUAAAGUUGGCUUGACUGGUGAUGUUUUAGGAAUUUUUAAGAGCAAGUGGUGUUCUAAACAUUUACAGUCUAAAUGCAGUUGUCUUAUGUUCUGCUUAGACUGGGAUGAGUUGGGGGAAACAUCUUUAGAUGAGGUUUGGUUAUCUAAUAUAUGCAAUCAAUUAAGGGAAUAUAUGAAUUAUUCUAGAAGUAAAGUAAUUAUUGCUCUCGUUACUUCGAAAGAAGUUAAUUCAAAUGUUAAUUCCAUAGUACAAAUUGAAAAACUACAGUAUGACGUAAAAGUGUUUUUGGGUAGCGAGUUCAAAUAUGUUUUGCCCUUGUUUGAAAAUGGAAUGGAGGUGAACUCGGCUGAAAAACUUUUUCGCAUGGCCCUAGAGCUGUCUACUAAGUACCAUAAGGAUGAAGUUUCGCGUAUUAAAAAUAGUAGGUUAGAUCGUAGUUAUAUAACAGUAAGACGAAAGUUUAAGAUUGCGUGGCAUUAUCUUGUUUUAAAAGAUGUUAAAACUGCUAAACGGUAUUUUGAAGAUGCUUAUAGGUCUCUUAGGGAUAUAUCUCCUUUUUGCCCUACGAUGGAGUCUAGGAUUUGUGGUACUAUUUUGAUUUACCACAUAAUACGUGCUGCUUCUGCAGAAUCACUUAUUUCUUUCGAUGAUCCUUAUUACCGUCUUUGUGAAAAUCAUAUUUUAUGGCUUGGACAAGCAAUUGGCUCAUCAUCUUCAGAAGAUAAACCGGUGGCUAGGUUUUUGAAAUUACUUCUUUUAGGUGAGUGUUAUGAUUGGAUAACAAAAUAUACUGUAAAUAUUACGGAUAAUGUUAAAAAAGAUCUGAUGAUAUCGUCACUUGGAGCUUUUGAGGAUGCAUUAAACAUGAAUUGCUCCUCUUCUCAUUUAACAGAUGUGGUUUCGGUACCUUUUUUUCUUGGCUCUGAGUGUUGCCUAGACUCACAUAGUUGUAUUUUUUAUUCUGCUCAAAGUACAGAAAUUCUUUCAGAACGAGUUCAAGAAUUACUAAACCGAAUUGGAACAAUGGAAAAACCUUCAUUAGAGGCAUUAUUUCUUUUAGCUCGCGCAAAUAUUUGGUUUCGUAAAGUGGAAGAAGUAAUUUUCUUUUUGAAUAGGUUGCGAGAAUUUACUAUGGGAACGUAUCAAGAAUGCGAAGUUUUUCAUGGACUCUUAAUGGAAGUUUAUAGAUCUCUUGAUGGUAAGCCUAGUAAAAAAAAUCGGGAUGAAGUUAUGUUUUCCUUUGUAUCACUUUCUUUUGGACCUGGAGAAGGAAAUACCCAAGGACGAUAUCUUCGUACCUUUUUAGACAUGGCUAAAACGAAUAGUUGGACUGAUAUUAACCUGUAUUAUCCAAAAAAGGGACAUUAUGCACCUUUCACAUGUUUGUGUAGUUUUAGUGAAUACUACCACGAUUGUUCAUCUAGAGCCAAAUUAAACCUUGAGAUUUUUACUGCUUCUGUGGAAUCAAUUAUUGUAGAAUCUCUGUCUGUUACCAUUUCUAGAUUUUGCGAUGAUGAGAAAAAAGCUUCAAAUACCAUUUUGGUUUCAAAGGAGAAAUUUCAGGUAAGCUUAAAAACUUCUUGUAGUUUUUUAGUUGAAAUACAUCUUGAUGAACCAGGUUUUUAUCAUUGUGCAAAUGUUAAAGGGCGUGUGAAUUGUAAUGGUGUGAUUUUAAAUGUGGAGUGGGGAUUGAACAAUUCGGUGACGUUGCAGAAAAUUCCGAGGGAAUUGGAAAUAGUUGGUGAGGUUUUAGGUCCGUCAAGGCACAGACCUUGGAUAUAUGUGGUGAAACCAGUCUGUCUAUUGGAGUUUGAUGUUCCUAAUAAUAUUACAGCUAUUGAAGGUGAAGAAGUGAAUGUUAAUAUUGUUGUUAGGGCAGCGAAAAAUUUGGAAGGAAAUGGUAGUCUUGUAUUGCCUUAUAUUCCUAAUUUGUAUGAGUUUACUGGAGAUAUAAUUUUGGAAAAGCGAUCAAUUUUUAGAGAUAGUCAAACAGAUUAUCCUGCCUUUGUUUUAGACAAACUUCCAGCAAUUUCUCAAAGUAGUCCGCUUAGAUUAUCAGUAGUGUAUAAAUUUCUUCGUGCUGGAAAAUAUAUGGCGCCAAUAUUUUUUAAUUACAAGUCAGCGAAUUAUUCAGAUAGGGAGAUUUUAAAGAGAAUAGAGGUUAAUGUUUUUUAUCCUUUUACUCCUACAUUUACCCUUCUUAAAGUUCUGCCUUGGAAUAUUACUCCAAUGAAGGUGGAUGUGGUUUUUGGUUCUGAAAAUACCCUUAGUAUCCCAGAAAGUUCUUCUAAAUAUGUACAACAUGAGGUAUCUAUCUUACUUCCACCACGUGAUGGAAUCAAUGAAAUCGCAACGAUACCACAUAACAACAAAUCUAUUAUGCUCUAUAAUGGGGUAAAAGAAAAAAGAGAAAAAUCGCUUGAUAUUAUCUUUUCCAGGGGUGAAGAAAUUGUUGUUGAAAUUUCAAUGACUUGUCAAGCUUUACGAGGCUUAAAAGUAUUAUCCUUAGAUGUUGUUACUGCAUAUGAUGUAUUGCUUAUUUCCCAAGCUGUUGGUCAGCUCCCAUGUUGUGUUGAAUAUCUAGAUAUAUUGACUGUAACAGCCAAAGUUCGCGUAUUACGUCUGGGAAAAUAUUCGCUUGGAUUUAUUCGAAUUGUUUUAGCUUCCGAAGAUGGUAUUCAACGUACUAUGUCUGAUCUCCCCUUACCUGAAGUAGGAGUGGAAUCUACUCCCUUUUCCCUAACCUUGAGAAGUCCAUCUGUUGCUAUUUUAGGUUCACCUUUUCUUCUUUCUUUUGAUAUUGUGAACAAGACUGAGAGUUCGCAAAGCUGUGAGUUGAUUAUAGAAAAAGAUGAAGCCUUUUUUGUAAUGGGUGGGAGGACUCAAUGGAGUUUCUGUAUUGGCCCUAAUUCUGUCAAAUCAAGUGAAAUAAUAUUGCAACCACUUCGUGUUGGUUCACUCAAACUUCCAUCUGCCUUUGUCAAGCACUUAUCAAGUCCAGGAUCGGGGUUAACGUUUGUGUGCCAAAGCGAUUCACAGAGGGUUUGUGUUCUACCGUCCUGA